AUUAAACAAUGAUCCGAUUAUAUGAACUAGUUUUGCCUAGAAUCCAUUAUAAAAUUGUAACCUAUUGUUGAUCAGAUAUUAUGUCUCUGCUGAUAUAACUUUAGUUUAAUUUUAAUUCAAGUUAACGAUCAGAUAAUCGAAGUUGAUGGCCUAUCCUUGGUUGGUGUCACUCAAGCUUAUGCAGCCUCUGUACUACGUGGAACCAAUGGACCAAUCAAGUUCCUCAUUGGUAGGGAACGGGAUCCAGAUCGCUCAGCUGAUAUCACAGGGAAUUUACAAGGGAUUAAAGUUGAACCAACAACAAGCUUUUGCUACUGUUUCAACAGCUUUUGGAAGCAUGACCAGCACCGGAGGUAGUCUUGCUGAUGAACCACAAUCAAUCAGCUUGGAGGAAUCUGAUGAAGAAUCUGAUUUGUUGAUUCUACCUCCUGCAGAGUUAUUGGACAGUCGAGCAGCUAAAGAAAAGGCUGAACUCGCUUCUAAAGGCAGUUUAGCCAAUCGUCAACCACCAAGUAUGAGAAGGCAAUCAUCUUAUGGUUCAAUGGAUGGUAACAGUGAUUCAAGUUCACCUCGAAGAGUUAAUAGAAGAUCCGAGAUGAUUAACCAAGGAAGGUCAAGGCCACUUUCAGAGCCUGUUGGUAGACUAGAUUCAGAUUGGCUUGGACCCGGUCAAUUGGGGCCAAAAGAAUCAUCAACUAAAUCACUUCGAAAUGAAGAAGAUCCCAACUCAUCGCUCAUUGAAAGCUCUUGCUCAGCCCCAUGCUAGUAGCCCAGAAAAAUCCUGUGAUUCCUCAACAA